AUGGCCGGAGCUGUGGCUGGAAACAUAUAUCGGACUGGCCAGAUUGCCGUGACGGAGAUUCGAGAGACGUAUGCUCAGUCCAAAGCGCGGGGCCUGGACGGCGAAUUCGACGGGCCCGGUAGCAUGCAUAUUCCGGGAGCGUUCCCAGGGGUGGCUAUAACGUCGGAAAUCAGCCCCGAGCAGAUGAUGAUGUUCCCGUGCUACGCGAAACAACACACGAAAAAGGAGUGGGAUCAGCCCUCGGCGUACGAGUCGGAAACCGGCAACCUGCAGGAUGAGGACUACUGGAGGUCGGAGUGGGAGAGGCACCAAGACGAGAGAGCAAUCGUGGACGUUGACGUCCGAGGCUGGGUCUAUUCGCCCCAUUCUGGUCCAAUGACGCGGCGAAACCGCAUCUUGAUCGGCCUUGCGCGACAACUUAGUGGAAUCCCGGUGCCGAGAGCAGACCAGAACCAAGGACCUACGCCCCCUACUCCGCAAGAUGAAUGGAGAGAGCAGGAGAAGAUUGCCCAAGAGGCUGCUAGGAUCGAACAGCAGGGCCGAGAAGAGAAGCGAAUGGCAAACAUUGGCGCUUACAGCGAACCACCUAGGGAAGACACUGGCUUGAGCGGAUCAGUGUAUCCUCCUCCGCCCAGACCUCCUCCUCGAAGAGAUAGUCGAACGCCCGAUUCUCUUUCUGGGAGCCCCAGGCCUCCAACCAGGCAAAACUCGGCAUUGGCCACCGAGCUCACAGAGGCUGAACUAGCUACGGCAAACGCCAACUUGAUGGCCAGGAUAGCACCCUUUUUGACCAAUCCCUCAGUGUCUCUCCCCAUCACAAUUUUUUUCUACAAUGAGUCGCAAUCCCAGUCACGCAACGUUCUCACCGACGAUUCUGGUCAUUUUGCCAUUCGGGCGCCCCUGGAAUUUGUUCCUACCCACAUCAAGGUGCUCGUAAACGAAGGACUAUCGACGACGCAAGAGGUCAAGUACAUCGAGCCAUAUGGUGUCAGCCUGAUCAGCGAUAUAGAUGACACCGUUAAAAUGUCGAAUAUUUCAGCGGGCGCAAAGGAGAUUUUCAGAAAUACCUUUGUACGGGAGCUGGCCGAUCUCACAAUUGAAGGAGUCAAAGAAUGGUACGGAAAGUUGCAGGCCCUCGGUGUGAGUGUACACUACUGCUCAAACAGUCCGUGGCAGCUAUUCCCCAUGCUAGCGACGUUCUUUAAGAUAUCCGGCCUCCCGAUUGAUUCUCUACAUUUAAAGCAGUAUUCGGGCAUGCUGCAAGGCAUCUUUGAGCCUGUGGCUGAGCGAAAGAAGAAUACGCUGGUCCGCCUGCUACGAGAUUUUCCUCAGCGCAAGUUCCUUCUAGUCGGAGAUAGCGGAGAGGCUGAUUUGGAAGUAUACACGGAGCUGGCGCUGGCUUACCCGGGCCGGAUACUGGCAGUCUUUAUUCGAGACGUGACGACCCCUGAAGCUGCGGCGUACUUUGAGCCAUCUUUCGAUAUGACUCGACGGACCAUGUCGGGCUUGACUGUGAACAAUACUGCUCCAAAUGGUAGACAAGCCGUGCGACAGAACUCAUCACCAGGGCCAGUACAUGCUGUCAAGGCCCCUCCAGCUGGACCAGUCAUGGGCACCCUCAUUGACUUUUCCGACGAGCCUGAGGAGGUAAAACUGGAUGAUACUGCAGCCCUGGAGCAAGUCAAGUCAUCAAGAAGACCAGGCCCAUCCGCCAGUGCCGCAGAUUUGCUUGCUCGGAAACCACUACCGCCGCCUCGUCCGGCCAAGCCCGCUGCUCUAGCCAGCGCCCCCUCCAUACCCACUGUUAGAAAGAGCUCUGUCGGCUUGGGGAUUUCAGGAGCGACAGGUUCUGAACCACCGCCACCACUACCGAGAAGGCCUGUGGGACAGAAUCAAUCAGCUCACCCUCUGUCUCAGAUUCAGAAUUCGUCUCAACAGACUGGUCAAUCACCAAGAGAGGAAAACAACAGGCCACCACCACCUCCUCCCCCACCUCGCCGUAGCGCAAGGAAUCUCAGCCCCAAAGUAAUACCCUUCGGACGCGGCCCAUCAUCCAAUUCAGAUGUCGACUUUGACCCCCUGCCGCCGUCACUCGGCCCUGUGCCCGCAGCUUCUGCCACCGGCCUUUCGUCAUUCUAUCGCCCCAGCAGCCGAUCCGGAAACACCUCGCCCUCGGCAUCGCCAACCAUGGCUCCUGUGAACAAGAAGCUCGAGCUCUGGAAAAGACGACUUGCUAGGGCGCAAGAGCAGCUCGAUCAGCUGGGUGUGGCGCUAUAUACCUGGCGUAAAGGGCAGGAUGUUGAGGCUGAGGCAGUGGGCAUUAUAAAGCGGUACAUGGCGGAAAUGGAAAAGGAGAAGGCAAGGAGAUGA